AUUAUUGCAGGGCACUGCCUGUUCGCUUAGACCUGUCCCUGAUCUCAAUCUCUAUAUAUUGUGGGCAAUGGUAGAACGCAUUGCUCAGUUAACCAGGACUACCACAAGAAUGAAGUCCAUCCAGGCCAUUUGCCUCGCCUGCUCAGUGAUCCUGCUGGGAUCCGUUACUAAAACCGUGUCUGCUGAAGGACUGGAUAUCGAUAAGAUGGCCAAGUGCUUUGACUUGUGUGUCGAGGUAGCCUCAGUCGUGGGUCUGAAGAUUGUGCCCACCAUCAAAUCCCUGGCGAAAUGCGCUAAAUUUGAGCCCAUGAAGACAAAGGAUCUGGAUCCUACGGCGGUGCUGAUGCUGGCCUAUCAGUUCAUCCAGAAGAUCGUCGGCAACCAGAAGUGCCUGUUGAACACCAUCCAGGAAACAAGAGAUCUGCUCGCUCCGUUUGCCACAACGUUCUCUACAUUAAAGUGCCUCACUGACUAGGAUUGUUUUUUA